AUGGCCGUCGGGAGUGGCACAGGAGCACGUGGAACGCCACGGCAGAUCUUCAUCGGUUGGGCGCUGCUGACCUUUGUCACCGGCAGUAGCUACUAUUUCGUCAAGGUUGGCAACACGGCAAAGAAGAAGGAGUACCUGGCACGGAGACAGGCACAGGGUGAAACGAGUCGACUUCCAGUCCAGAAGGAAGGCCGGGGGCAAAGGAAGGACAAGAUGGACGGAGUCGAUGACAAACCACGACUUCCGCCCGAGCUGCUGCGCAUAAUAUUCCAAGAGGCGGCGCGUACAGAUCGCUAUUCGGCUUACGCUCUCGCGUUCACAUCCAAGCUCGCCUGUCACUGGACCAUAAAGCAGCGAUGGGAGACGGUCGUAAUCACUACGGCGGCGCAAUUUCUCCACUUUUGGAGAAUCGUGGCAAAGGUCGAUGAGGUCGUUUUCCGCGAUGUCACUCGAGGGCUGGACAUCACCGCAAUUAGCAUCCGUCCUGCUGGGAAUCAGCAUUUCGUUCAGCAGUGCGAGCCCAUAUCCUACGGGAAUAUUUGGAACGACGUCAAGAACGUCUUCAUUGAUCUAUCAGCGUCGAUGUCGAUCAAUACACUCUGCUGCGACAUAAGGUCCGUCUGUCGUAUCAAAGGGCAUACCUUGACGUUCGCGAAAGGUAGCUCAGGCACGAAUGUGGCCGAGACGCUCGAGCCAGGUCGAGUCCUCACACUCCUGCCGGCGAUCCGGAUCCUGGCGUUGGGCCCUGAAGAGUCGACCGAACUAGUCAGACAAGAGCUGCUGGACGAUCUUUCUGUGUCAAGCUAUCUCGGUGCCCCGACAAGACAGACAAGGAGGGAGUCGGUACACUUUCCACAAGUGAGGGAGCUGUGGGCUGUGUUGCGCGGCGGCUAUAGCUCCACAGAGCUCGGAUGGGAUCGUCUCAGAGGGAUCACGACGGGCAUAGUCGGCGCUGCACCCCAUCUGCGCCGAGUGUACCUCACUGGCGUAGAUGCUACAUCGCCGCUCGCCGGUGUUCCCCUGCCUCACUUUGACGGAAACGAAAACGACCACUGGCGCCUAAAUCCUAGCCCUCAAAUUAGCCAUUUGCGGUACGACACGAGGAAAUUCAGUUUCAAGCCAGUCGAGAGCACCGCAUUGAGGCUCCGUCCAUUCCUCCAAGAGGUCACCUUCGAGGUUGCCGUCGAUGCCGGGCCACAAAUGGAUGAGCCGGCAAGCUUCUCGCACACCGGACCAAGGCAUGCUGCCCCACCGCGAGGGGCAGGCAGGAGCGCAGCUAUGACCCGCAGCUCCUUACCGCGUCUGCAACCCAUCGAAAGCCAUCAUGGGGAGCCGGCAGCCGACACAUUGCUCAAGGAAUCGCAUCCUGGUCGCCUGGAGUUUGUCCAUCUCGCGUGGGACCCUAUUGAAGGUCCAAAAGAGGACGACGUACCUUGGUUCAGAAGAGCUCGCUUUUCUUCAGGCGAGGAAGACCGCACAUCGGACGAAAAGGGCGUCCCUGGUGAUUCAGAGGCAAAGGGCAGGACCAGCGACGCCUUCGACACUGGCGGAUGGCCUCGGGAGAAGAAGGGCGCGUGGACAGAGAGAUCGGACCGGGACUUGGCCCCUUCUUUUGCCGUUGAGCUUCGCGAUGCCAUUGCUGCGCUCUAUGGCUGGGACGCGCCGGGGAUCGAAGCGGCUGGUCGCAUGCAGACCCAGAUAAGGGCAUCAGGAAAAGACGAUGGGCGAGGAAGGACGAAUGUAGUGUUCAGCGCAGACGGCGCCGGCGACUUUGUCCAAAGAAUCCGCUUGGGUCUGAAGGAUAAAGACCGCGAGGCACUUGGAAGACUGCAGGCCUUGCUUGAUGAACGUCUCGCAGAGCAAGGACUGAUGAAAAAACCGAGACUCCACUAUGGAGUCAAGGCUCCGCGAUCCGUCGUCCACCUCGGGGGGGCCGCCUACUUUGAACUGAAGCAAAGGAUCAAGCUCUUCGAGGAGAGAGCAGGAGGCGGCAAGGGUCCUUGGCCUUGA